GUUAUGGUCUCCUCUUCCUCUCCAUGACGGUGACGCCUGUGAUCCGCUCCAAGCUCUCCAGGCUGGUUGGCGAGACAGAGCAAGGGGCCCUCUUUGCCGCCGUGGCCUGCGUGGAGGGGCUGUGCUCCCUGGUGGCCACGGGGGUCUUCAGCUCCCUCUUCCCAGCCUGCCUCCCCUUCAUGAAGGGCUUCCCCUUCCUCUUCGGAGCCCUCCUCCUCCUCGUGCCGGCUGCCAUCAUCGGGGGGAUAGAGAUCCAGGACGGCAGCCCCGGAUACCAGCGCUUCGGUGAGGCUCCUGAGCCGGGGCAGGAAGCCCAGCCGCCCCCCCAACACGACUGAAGCCGUUGAGCCUCCUGGGCACCCAGGAUCCGCCUUCUCCGGGCGGGGACCGAUCGAUCGCGACCAUCUGGAACCACGACGGAUCAGGGCUUCAGGCCGUGGGACUGUGCGAACGCCCAAGGGGGCUUUCCUGGGUCUAAACCGGGGGUCCUCAGCUUU